GGAGUAGUUGAACUUCUCUACAGAAAUUAUAGUCAUGUUCAUGUUACCGGAAAUUUAGGGGCAUCUCUCUUUUUACGCGUUACUCUCGUUCGUGCGGGUAACAUCAUGAGCGCAUUUUCGGGAAAGCCGCUUUUAAUCGAUGGCAGGAACCAUCUGUCCGGCCGCUUGGCACCAGUGGUCGCCAAGGCAAUUCUCCAGGGUACCAGAGUCAUUGUCGUACGCUGUGAAUCCCUGAACAUCUCCGGAAACUUCUUCAAAAACAAAUUGAAGUACAUGUCCUUUUUACGUAAAAGAUGUAACGUAAACCCAGCACGUGGUCCAUUCCAUCACCGUGCUCCAUCUAAGAUCUUCUUCAAGACAGUAAGAGGAAUGAUCCCCCACAAGACACAAAGGGGAAAGGAUGCUUUACGGAGACUUAAGGCCUACGAAGGAUGCCCACCACCUUACGAUCGCAGAAAAUGCAUGGUCGUUCCUGGAGCUAUGAGAAUUAUCUGCCUUAAAGCCGGAAGAAAAUACUGUCAUGUUGGACGUUUGGCUCAUGAAGUAGGAUGGAAAUACCAGGAUGUUGUUAAGACUCUUGAGAACAAGAGGAAGGUUAAAGCAGUUCUUGGUAUCCGCAAAAGGGAUAAACUCAAGAAACUCACAAGGCAAGCCGCAGAAAAGGUUGAGAAAUCAACUGCUCCAUACACGAAAAUUAUUAACGAGCUUGGAUAUAAUUAA